UGAAGCCAGUAAGGGGAACCAUCUCUUUGCCUCCACAGGUGCUGCCUGAUCCACCGACUUCCUCCAGCAGCUUGUUUCUUUUUGCUCCAGCUCCCUGAAUCUGCAGUCUCUCCAGUUUACUGUAGGACUUCUGUUUGCUCCCGAUGCGUGGCCUCAAGCUUCUCAAUACCAUCCCGAAAACUCCUUCCCCCCUUUGAGCCACCAUGAACCAGAGAUUCCCAGGAGCCAAUGAGGAUGUCACAUUCCUUAAUGGAGGCUUUGAGAACUUCCUUGAAUCUUUACUUAUGUCCGCCUUACCGUGACAAAACACAGUGCCUGCUGUGGCAAAGUCCUUAAAACCUACCUCCUAUUCCAAUGACAGAGUUUUCAUAGACCUCCAUCCUCACUACGUCUAAACGACAACACCCCCUGGUUGAAGCUCCCGCUCCACUGACGGCGCUCUUCCCAGGCUGCGCGCUGACUGACGUCAAGAGGGCAGCAGGGCUGCGAUUGGCCGAAUUUGAAACACGUCCCGUUGGCGCCUCCCGUCAGGGCGCGGCGCGAGCGGCGGCGACUGGUUUGAAUGCGGCGACGGUUGGGAGGCGGUGGACGGCGGGAUGGAGAUGAGAGCGCGGUGUGACCGCGUUCGGAUCGCCGAGUCAGAAUGCCGCAGGCAACAACUUGAAGCCUAUCUCCAGAGAAAGGGGAAACUGAAGGUUCCAGGUCCUACUGACAGGUACUAUUUAGGGGACAAAACUAACCAGAAAAUACAGCAACGAACUGCUCCAUUCAAAGCUGGCUUGGGAGGAGACCAGAAGCAUGAUGCUCAGACAAAACAAUCUAAACUCAAAGGUGCGAAGAACCUAACAUGUACUAAUCAUGCCAAAUCAAUGGUUGCUAGGAGUCAAGUUCAGUGUGAUUCAAAAACCACUGAAAAAAAUCCCACCCUCACUAAGCAAAUUACAACUGCUUUAUUACCAGAGGAGUCAAAUGCAGAAAAGGAAUCUAUUGCUGAUGCAACAGCUCAAUCCAGACAACAUGUGAGGGACUUGAAUCCUGAAGCUUCAACAUGUAAUGAAAUUAAUCAUAAAUCAAGUUAUCAAGAAAAGGAAAAUAAGCGCACAGUCAGUACAGCUCGAAUUACUGGACAGUCUACAGGUACAGCUUUAAUUAAGCGGUUUCCACUACAGGCAAAUAAUACUCAAGCUGGCAGAUUAAAGAAGACUGCUUCAGAUAAUCAAUCAUGGGCAGUUGGUAUUGAUGACAUGUCCAGGGCGGCCCCUGGGGCAGCCAGGCCAGUGGGCGCGUCCAGGGCGGCCCCUGGGGCAGCCAGGCCAGUGGGCGCGUCCAGGGCGGCCCCUGGGGCAGCCAGGCCAGUGGGCGCGUCCAGGGCGGCCCCUGGGGCAGCCAGGCCAGUGGGCGCGUCCAGGGCGGCCCCUGGGGCAGCCAGGCCAGUGGGCGCGUCCAGGGCGGCCCCUGGGGCAGCCAGGCCAGUGGGCGCGUCCAGGGCGGCCCCUGGGGCAGCCAGGCCAGUGGGCGCGUCCAGGCCUGUGGUCACGACCAGGGCGGCCCCCGGAGCAGCCAAGGCACCCUCAGCUGCAGCUAAAUCUACAGGUGGAAUGACUAAUCCAAAGGAACCUUUAAAAGAAAAGAUGGAAAAGAACUGUAGGAAAUUGAACAAGAGAGAACAACAGUUUACAGGUCACAAAACCGGGAAAUCUCCAUGCGGUGCAAGUGUACAGAAUGGAUCUAACUCUGCUGCAAGUAGGUCAGUGACAAUAUGGAAACCUUUUACAAGAUCUGCUCAAAAGUUGCAUCCAGCUUUGGGGUCUCCUACAACAAAGAUAAAGAAAAGUAAAGGUGCGGUACAAAACAUGAGCGAAUCUACAGCACCAGUAAUGAGCACAGUUAAGUGUCGAGAUGAUCAAAGCUCCAUCACCAAGACCUUAAAGGGAAAAGAUGAAAGAAGAAUAUCCUGUGAUGGUUCGAACAUCCUUGAUCCUGGCAGCAAGAAAGAAAACAUACCAUACUGGAUUCAAACCUAUAGUUGCAGGAAGCAGCUUGAAGAGUGGUUGAUUUCCAAAGGGAAGACCUACAAACGCCCUCCCAUGCCUACCCCUUUUAAGAAAGUAUUAAAGUCUGUUAAGAAGAAUUUGGAGCAUUCUUUCUUGGAAGCAAUGGAAGGAGAGGAACAGAAGGACCUGUCAGAUCGGGUACAGCACAUGUUGGACGACUGCAUGAAAUUACUUGAGAGGGGUUCCUCUCCAGAACAAGUGUCUGAAGCGCUGCAGAAUGUUCCAGAGGGUGAAAAGUUUGCCAAAUACUGGAUUUGCCAGGCACGCCUGCUGGAAUUAACUGACUCAAUGGAGGCUGUCAUUGCCCUGUUUGAGCAGGCUGUUCACAAUGGUGCAGAGCCUGUUGAAGAACUGCGGUCUGCACUUGUGGAAACCAUCAUGAGAAAUGCAAACUCUCGCACAGCCUGUACAGAAAAAGAUGAUGUUAAAACUGAAGGGUUUGAAGAGUCUGCAGUUGCCACGCCUUGUACAAAAGUAGUGAGGCUUUUGUGUGGCAAAACAGAUGGGCAUGGUUCAUCUGUGAUCAAAUACAGAGUCACCGCAACACCUCAAGUGCUCAGAACGAAUGAACUUCAGAGCAGAAUCCGAUCUACAGGGCAACAAGAUCUGAAGCUCCUCACCCCAGUCCGCCGCUCAGUUCGUAUUGAGCAUGUUUCUGCUUCGUACCCUAAGAUGCUGAGAGAGCAUGACUGCUGUGUGGCCUCACUGAAUGAACUUUUAGCUGAGGAGGAGGCUGAAACAUUUGUUUAUAGAGAAAACAGGGCUCUGCUAGGAGAAUAACAGAAAUGUGACUGGUAUCCUUCAGAUGCUUAAUGCAUACUAUCCACAUUGACUACCGGCUUAUUUGUACUGUUUUUAGAAUGUAUAUAAUAAACUCUUGGAUUCAGUCAUUUCAAAAGGCAUAAAAAUUAGCUCAUCCAUAUCUCCUAGAUGUUCUAUCUUGUCUCCUUGGCCAAGCAAUCUUGUUUUCACAAACACCAAUACUCUCUUACUGCUUGUUUUUUGUUGGAAAAAAGCUAAUUGCUGUACGGUAAGUUUACACUUCAGUCAAUACACUUCCACACACUGUCCUAUUGUUUCUUUCUGCCCUUCCACCUAUCACUGUAACCUUCAUACCUUUUUUUAUAUUGCUUGUUUUACAUAUCUCACGUUUUGGCUAUCUCCAUUACAGCAAUGAUGACAUGUUAAAAUCUGAUUAAUUGACUCCCAAGUGCUUUGGGUAAUUCUGGGGUCAUUGACGUCACUUAUAGAAAUGAAAUAUUUGUUUACUGGAUCCCUUGGCCUCUAAUCUGUGAAUGAGGAGGAUUUGUUGGUUUGUGCUUGCUUCAACUAUUUGACAUGUUCCAAAGCAGCAGAUUGACAACACUGAUCAUUAAGUACAGACUAGAACUCAUUCUCAUAUUUCCUCAUGACAUGGGAGGCUGCCAUUUGGCCUACUGGGGCUAUGCCAGCUCUGAUCAAUCCCAUUUCAUCCAUUUAUUUCCUUGUAACUUAUUCUCUCUCAUUGCUCAACAGAGCUUGCUUUCUGUGACAGGUAACCUGAUCUUUCAGGUGCCUCUGUCCUUACCAACUCUAGCCCACAUGUGACUCCAGACCCAUCCAGGUGGUUGAUUCUUAACUGCCCUCUGAAAUUACUAAGCAGUUGAAGCUAAAUUGGAGUAGGCAGUAAAUGCUGGCACCCCCUGCAUUGUCCACACCCUAGCAAUAGAGGGGGAAAAAAGAUGUAUGCUUAACCAUCAAGGGAAUGGCACAAUUGUGGUAAAACUUUUAAAAGGAUGAAAAUUAAGCAUGUAUAUAAUAAACUAUUGCAAUAUAGGCACCAUCACAUGUUUUUAAAAAAAUUAAAUAUUGC